CUGUCAUUAACUAUAGUAUAAACAGCAUUGCAUCCCUCCUCGUCUGUCUCACACAGUGGGAUUGCUAGAAAGGAGAGAGUGAAGAGGAUACUUGGAAAUACAUCAGCCCUAGUACCUUACUGGAUUUGUGUUUCUCUCUCACUAAUCCCAUUGAAGAGCAUCUUUCCCCUGAUCAAUACUGGACAGCAUAAUAAGAGAGACCAUGAGCGGGAACUAUAGCGUCACUCUGUUAGGGCCGGCCCCUUGGGGCUUCAGGCUCCAAGGAGGGAAGGACUUUAACAUGCCACUCACCAUCUCCAGGCUGACGGAUGGUGGGAAAGCAGCUAAAGGUGGUGUUGCAGUUGGAGACAUGGUUCUUUCCAUUGACGGUAUUUCUACAGAGGGCAUGAACCACCUGGAGGCCCAAAACAAAAUCAAGACCUGCGUUGGGAACCUUAGCCUCACUCUGCAGAAGUCCAGCGUUGCUAAACCUCCUCCAGUGGCACCAAAGGACAACCGAACAGACCUCAUAAAACCAGUAGCCAUCACCCAUCCAUCUGUUCCACAACGUCCACAGUCUCAGUGCUUUGCCCUACAGAACAAGCCCCCCAAACCUUAUGGGUGUUUCAGAUCUGAGGGCGCAUAUUCUCCUUUACAGUCACCUUUCACCACCGUCAUCCCCUCCCCAUCCUCUGCCUUCACUCCUGCCUCAUCCCUCGUUAGUUCCCCCCACCCUCAUCCCCCUUCUCCUCCUUUGGUCUCUUACCCAUCCUCUGCAUCCUCUUCCUCCUCCCCCCCUGUGCUGGUCCCACCUCAGCCAUCAGUGUAUAACACACCAAUCAACCUCUACUCCACUGAGAAUGCGUGUGAGGUGGCAAUGGGGCAAAGGCGGGGCCUGUUGGAGAGUCAGGGAGGAGCCUUACUGCAGUUCAACGGAGUUCCCCGGAAACAUGUUGUGGACACAGACAUCCACUUUUACCAUAUUCCCUCUCACGCUGAUGCCAGCAGAAAGCGUAUAAUGGAGGACACAGAGGAUUGGCGCCCACGCACAGGAACCACCCAGUCCAGAUCUUUUAGGAUUCUGGCUCAGAUCACAGGCACAGAGAACGCUCAAAAUGAGGAAGCUGAUACAUCAAAGAAGACAAAUGAGGAGGAUGAGGAAACACAAUUUAACUCCCAUGAAAAGGCUGUCGUCAAAACAAUGAUCAAAGGAACUUCCUCAAAUCAAGGUCAAGGGGCUCAGAGUGGUUUGAUUACCCCAUCUUUUGGAAUGAAGGGUAACGGCAGUGCCAGUGUCCUCACCGGUCCUGUUCCAGCAAGACCAGUGCCUCAACCCCACCCUAAAGAUGAGGACACCCUGGUCCAGAUGGCAGAGCAUAUUCCUGCUGGGAUGCGAACCCCUAUGUGUGCCCACUGCAACAUGGUGAUCAGAGGACCUUUUUUGGUGGCAAUGGGAAAAUCCUGGCACAAGGAGGAAUUCAACUGUGUCCACUGCUGUACAUCUUUGGCAGAUAUAGGCUUUGUGGAAGAAAAGGGAUCCGUGUAUUGUGAACACUGCUAUGAGGAGUUCUUUGCACCAACCUGCAGUCGCUGCCAUGCCAAGAUAUUGGGGGAGGUGAUCAAUGCUCUGAAGCAAACAUGGCAUGUCUAUUGCUUCAUGUGUGCUGCCUGUCAGCAGCCAAUCAGAAACAACACCUUUCACCUGGAGGAGGGAGAACCCUACUGUGAGCAAGACUUUUACAGCUUGUUUGGUACUGGUUGCCAUGGCUGUGAGUUCCCCAUUGAGGCUGGGGACAAAUUUCUGGAGGCCCUUGGUUACACCUGGCAUGAUACCUGCUUUGUGUGUGCUGUUUGCUGCACGUCUCUGGAAGGACAGACCUUUUUUUCCAGAAAGGAUAAACCUCUUUGCAAGAAGCAUGUACACACAGUGAAGAUUUGAACCACCAAAUCUUGAAUAUUUGCUGUCACUUGUCUGAGGAUGAAAGAAUACUGACCUCCAGGCUGGUGGUCCCUCUUCUCAGAGGAUAAUUCAGUGCUUAUAUUUAAAAGUUAAAUGAGGAAAUAACCAAAUAGUUUAACUUUAUUUUAUUCCUUAAAUACAUUCAUUGCACUUACAAACACAAGACAUUGCACUUUUUGUUUGUUAAUUUUGUAACACCAGUUAUUACAAUUUUCUUACACAGAAAUAUAGAGUUUGAUUAAUUACAUAAUCCUUAUUUUAAUUAAAAAUUUUCUCUGUAUGCUUAGAAUAUAAUCUGCACCAAUCAUUACCCAUCACAUAUUGUUAUUGUUAAAAAAUUAAAAAUAAAAUUGCAGCAUGUUCAUAUCCAGACAUAAAAUGUUUCCUAAUAUUUUCAUAGAUCAUUAGAAACCUGUCUGAAUUUUUCAUUCUUUUAUUUAUCUAUAUGAAAAAUAAUAGUAUAAUAGUAGCAGUAAUACCAUUCAAAUUACAAGCAUAAUUCAAAACAUUGAAUUUUGCAUUUAAGGAACUAAAAUUAGAUGACUUAGUUUUAAUUGGGGUUUGAACUAUUCAUCUAAGAUAGUUAUUGGAUUUCUCUUUGUAUAGUAUAUUCUGGUGUUUGCAAAAACUCUGAUAUUUCUAAAGAGAAAGGAAAGGAGAUAAUAGCGUAAAGUUUUAGAUUUUUUUUUUUUUUUCCGGAGGGCAAACCUAUUUUCAAUUUCACCUAAAACUUAUAACACAGACAUAUUUUGCUGCAUUUUUUCCCCCAGAUUCAACAGUUGAAAUGUACAUUUACGUUAGCUGUACAUACAUUUUCUCCUAGAGGACAGUAUUUUUAUGUUUUUGUUUUGUUUCAUUUUUCUUGUUUUUAUUGUUUGUUUUGUUUCGGGGGUGUUUGUGGCAACUUUGUAGUUAUUUGUAUUCUUCUUCGGAAUUAUUGUUGUAUUACGAUGCAAAUUAGUAAAAAGGCCAUUUUAUAUCAUCAUGGAACCUAAAGAGACGUAUAGUGUGUGUACAAUGGUAACAAAAAUAAUUUACAUUUACUUUUUUUUUAUCAUUUAUUAAGAUAUGCUUAUAAGAUAAGAUAAAUGUGUCUGUAUUAUUUCAUAAAUUAUGUUUUUCAACUCUCCAGUUGGAAGUGUUUUGUGUUUCUUAGUAUUUGCUCAUAAUAUUGACUCAUGAUUUUUUCAUCUUAUAUUAUCGAGUCAAACUAGUUUUGUUGUUUAAAAAAACAAAAAAACAAAUAAAACCUUAUACUGUUGAUAGCUUUUUAAUGUCUCAGCUCAGCUCCAAUUAUGUUAACGGGGCAUUCUCCAUCAGCUUCCCUGCUUAAUCCUCCCACAGCUGCUCUAAAUCUCCUCUGAUUCAAUCAUCUGGUUUAGUUGUCAUCAUUCACCCCUCCUUUAAAAAUUCAAGCUCUUAACUACUCAUAUUCUGUGCUAGAUUAUUCUAUUACCAUCCUUAUUAAUGCUGGUUAUUCUCCUGGUGCACCAUUGGCCUGAUUAUCCUGCAUUUUCUCAUUUAAUUUUCUCUGAUUUUUUUAGUAUUAGAAGCUAUGAUGUUGCUUAAGCUAUGAAACUGUGUCUUUUCCAACACGAACAAUGGCAGUUAAAUCCUGAUAAAUAUUUCACAAAGGUGUCUCUGUCACAAUCUGCCCUGAUAGCUCACCUUAAUUGUUCACAUUAUUCACCUACUUAAUUUUGCCCGGUUCCUGAUUACUCCUUAUCCUAUCCACCUGGGUUUCUGCUUUAUAUUCGGCUCAGUCUGAGUUAUCUGGGUCAGAUCAUCAUUGCUCUUAUGCUUAUCUCUUAAGCUUAUCUGUUUCGUUAGUUUUUAGUUAGUUCCAAGGUGUCCUUGUUCAUGGCAGCCAGAAGAUUGAGAGGGUUUUCUUGUCUGUCUUGUCUUCUGAUCGUGUUCUGGUCCUUCUCCGUGGGGCCCUCAGACUUUUGGCUCGGAAUGCGGAGAAGGUCAAUUUUUUUCCUGUAAGCCUGGCUCCAAGGAUUAGACCAGUUUAAAGUUUCCUGCAAUAAUCCCAGUAGCAUGUCUUCUCUCUGUCCCUCAACCACUAAGCCGGCCUGUCGGCAUCCUAUCCUGCCUGCCUGCAUCUGUGCGUAUCUGUUGGGGCAUGCCUUCUGGACCUGUUCUGACCCUGAACCUACCUAAACGCUUGAGGAUUCCUGGAACCCAGGAUCUGUCUGUUCCUCGGCAGACUACGGAACCCUGGAUCUCGGAACUAUUCAUGCCUGAUCGAUUUUCCCCCUGACCUGGAUCGGCUGCCUACAUGUUCUCCAGGGCUGCAGCAUCGGGGACACUCUGGGCGUCUCAGGGCCGCAUCUCGUUUGCAGUGUAUCGGUUGAUCCUGCCUAUAAUUGAGACAUUGGACUGAACCUUUGAACCGGGUGGGUCACUCGCUUGGAUGGUCAUCUCCUGUCGGAUGGUCGUGGUCACUUGCCUGUGUUUCUCCCUAAAGAGUGUCGGUGGUUGGGCAGUGGCCUGCCCCCCUCCUGGAGUCCCUGCAGGCCCGCAGAUCCACAUCAGCGCUUCUGUUCUGUCCGUUUAUGUUUUUGUUUUAAUAAACGUUUUGAACUUUCCUAC